AUGAAGCAGCAUCAAGAAGAAGCGCACGACCACCUCCUCGCGGAGGCGCCGGCGCCGGCUGCGACCACCACCAAGGGAUGCGCCACCUUCUGGGUGUGCGCGGAGGAGGAGGACGAGGCGCCGCGGCGGUUCGCGGUGCCAGUGACGCUGCUCGGGCACCCGCGGAUCCUGGAGCUGCUCGUGGAGGCGCACGAGAAGUACGGGUACGCGCACGACGGCGCCAUCGUCGUCCCCUGCGGCGUCGACAGGUUCCAGGAGGCGGUCGACGCGGCGAGGGCCCAACAACGGCACCACCACCACCAUCACUUCAGGAUCCCUCACCUUGCCACCUGCUUCAGGCCGUCGCAUAUCGUUGCUUAG